UCCAGUCUGUGGGAAGUUUUCACAUUGAUCUUAUUGCGCGAAUUUUGUCCACAAAGUUGGUGAUUGGUGAACAAAAGAAAUGAAGACCUUUUGGAUUUUUGCUGCCCUUUUUGGGAUCUUCGCGGUUGUUGCUGCAUUGCCAGCUAAUUCAGGCGAGCAAAAGGGUGAUGAAGCUCCUGUGAUGGAAGUUCAGGCUCCUGAGGAGGAGCCUCCAGUUGUUGAAGCUCCCGAGGAGAGUCCUGAACGUCAGAGUGGGAGUGGAUCUGAUUCCUGGGGAUCCAAAGUUGGGACAAAUAAGCCAAAGAAUCAGAUCAACGUAAUUGAGGCCCCCUACGUGUGUCCUGAUGGUCAGCUGCUGGAUCACAAUGGAGUCUGCAGGGAUAUGUGGUAGAGCUACUGCACCCAUUACCUCCCCAAAAGUCAUCCAUUUGUGAUCUUUUACGAACCUUUUUGAGCUGAAGGAUGAUGUGAAAAGGAGAUGUUUCAACAGGAACGUUUUGUUUCCUUUAAAAUAUUAUUAAUUAAUCUUUGUACCUUAAACAACUUGAGAAUCAAUUGAUAUUUAAUCCAAAUGUAAGCAUUUUAGUUUAUAGAUAACGUAGAGAGCUUUUUUCUAGUGAAUAAAAUGUAUUUCUGUUG